GCCCCGCCGCUCACACUCGCCUUCCAGAAGCAGAGAUGAGAGCAUCAUCGGCUUUGAGCGCUUAGGCGCAGUCAUUACAACCUCCUGGAAAAAGUCUCACAAUUUUUUUUUAAAGAAUUCAUUUUUCCAAUGCUUUACAGGUUUUUACAUUUUCUUCCCAUCACGUGGAUUUUAAGUUUUUCAUCAUCUAUAUUUCAUCUCACUUUUCAGAAGGAAGUCAGUUCUGCGCACAAGGAAUGUUGGGUCCAGCUUCUGCAUGUGUGCACUGACACUAAAAACUCACAUACCUGCUGCCGAAUUGAUUAAAACGGAGAAGAUUGGAUCAAAUGGCUGCGCUCCUCACAGCUGAAACAACUGAGCAAAGCCAAAUGAUGGGAUCAUUAGAAUUGAAGAGCCUUGUUGUAGAUUGUUUUGCUGUUUUUUUCCCCUCAGAGAAGAACGGAAAUGCACAUACUUUGUAAAAGAAAGGAAUAGCCCUUUUUUUUUCUUUGUGUUGUGCACUUGGAAGGGGAUAAAGGAGAUGAUUUGGUUUAUAUUUCUGCUCUCCAUUGUGAAUGGAGUUCUAUGUCAGCUGCACUACUCAGUACCAGAGGAGCAAGAGCCUGGCUCCGUUGUUGGGAAUAUAGCGGAAGAUCUGGGGUUGGACAUCACAAAACUUUCCGCUCGCCGAUUCCAGACUGUGCCAAGUUCUAGGACACCUUAUCUGGAGGUGAACCUGGAGAACGGCGCGCUUUUGGUGAAGGAAAAAAUAGACCGGGAAGAAAUCUGCAAGCAGACAAUCCCAUGCUUAAUGCAUCUGGAGGUGUUUUUGGAGAAUCCUCUGGAGCUCUUCCGCGUGGAAAUCGAAGUGAUGGAUAUUAACGACAAUCCGCCCAGCUUCCCAGAAACGGACAUUUCAGUGGAAAUAUCUGAGAGUGCCAUACCCGGAACGCGUUUCCCAGUGGAGAACGCAUUUGAUCCCGACGUCGGCACCAACGCGCUCAGCACUUAUGCUAUAACUAACAAUAACUAUUUUUACCUCGACGUGCAGACGCAGAGCGAUGGCACCAAAUUUGCGGAGCUGGUGCUGGAGAAACCGCUGGACAGAGAGCAGCAGGCGGUCCAUCGCUAUGUGCUGACGGCUGUGGAUGGAGGCGUCCCGCAGCGAACCGGGACGGCGCUUCUGGUUGUUAAAGUUCUGGACUCUAAUGACAACGCACCCACGUUCAACGAGUCUGUUUACACAAUUAAUCUGCGGGAAAACUCUCCUGUUGGGACUCUAGUCAUCCAGCUCACCGCCACAGAUGUAGACGAGGGACAAAACGGAGAAAUAGUUUAUUCCUUCAGUAAUCACAACACCCCACGAAUAAAGGAUUUAUUCACCAUCGAUGCCAGAACGGGCAGGAUAGAAGUGGCAGGUGAGGUGGACUAUGAAGAGAGCAAUACGCACCAGAUCAAUGUGCAGGCGAAAGAUCUGGGUGCCAAUGCCGUCCCUGCGCACUGCAAAGUGCUGGUCAAACUCCUGGACGUGAACGACAACACGCCUGAGAUCGGCUUCAGCACUGUAACUGAGUCUGUGAGCGAACAGGACGCCCCUGGCACCGUGAUUGCCCUGUUCAGCGUCUCGGAUCGAGACUCUGGUGAGAACGGUCAGAUGAGCUGUGAAAUCCUGGGCGACGUCCCUUUCAAGUUAAAGUCUUCGUUUAAAAAUUACUACACCAUCGUAACGGACGGCUCACUGGACAGAGAAAACACGGACUCAUACACCAUCACCGUGGUGGCCAAAGACAGAGGUCAGCCCUCGCUGGCAACCAGUAAAUCUAUUAAGGUGCAUGUGUCCGACGAAAACGACAACGCGCCCCGCUUUACGCAGGCAGUUUAUGAUGUGUAUGUAACUGAAAACAACGUGCCUGGGGCAUUCAUUCAUGCAGUGAGCGCCCUGGACCCUGAUAUAGGACAGAAUGCUCUAAUUACCUACUCCAUAUUGGAGUGUGACAUCCAGGGCAUGUCUGUGGACACAUAUGUCUCCAUAAACCAAGACACCGGCUAUCUUUACGCGCUGCGCUCUUUCGACUACGAACAGCUGAAAGAGUUCAGCUUCAUGGUUCAGGCUAAAGACUCAGGUGCUGUGGAGCUGUUCUCUAAUGCCACUGUAAACGUCAUCAUCGUUGACCAAAAUGAUAACGCUCCCACUGUUAUAGCUCCUAUAGGAAAGAAUGGAACAGCUAAGGAGCACCUGCCGCGCUCUGCGGAGCCUGGAUACCUGGUGACGCGCAUCGUGGCCAUGGACGCAGAUGAUGGCGAAAACGCACGGCUUUCCUACAGCAUCCUGAGGGGCAAUGAGAUGGGGAUGUUUCGGAUGGACUGGAGGACAGGAGAGCUGAGAACGGCGCGCAGGAUAUCCGCCAAACGGGACCCACAGAGCUUGUAUGACCUGCUGAUCGAGGUGCGGGACCACGGGCAGCCCCCUCUCUCCUCAUCAGCCAGUGUGAGCGUGUUACUGGUGGACAGCGUGGUGGAGGGCCGCAGUGGGGACCGCGGCUCGGCCUCUAAGUCUAAAGAUACCUCCCUUGAUCUUACCCUGAUUCUUAUCAUCGCUCUGGGCUCAGUGUCAUUUAUUUUCCUCCUGGCCAUGAUCGUGCUGGCUGUGCGCUGCCAAAAGGACAAGAAGCUCAACCUUUACACAUGUCUGCUAGCCGGAGAUUGCUGCUUCUGCUGCGGCUCUUGCUGUAGCCGGCAGAGUCGCGGCAGAAAGCAGAAAAAACUGAGCAAAUCAGACAUCAUGCUGGUUCAGAGCACCAACGUGAGCACGGGAGUUGGGCCCGUCGGGCAGGUGCCAGUGGAGGAGUCAGGGGUGGGGGGCGUGGGAGGGGGGUUCGGCUCCCACCACCACCAGACCCAGAACUCCUACUGCUACCAGGUGUGCCUGACACCGGAGUCCGCCAAGACGGAUCUGAUGUUUUUGAAGCCGUGCAGCCCCUCCCGCAGCAGCGAGGCAGACCACACCAACCCCUGCGGGGCCAUAGUCACCGGCUACAGUGAUCAGCAGCCUGACAUUUUAUCUAAUGGUGGCAUUCUAUCCAGCGAGACAAAACACCAACGAGCAGAACUCAGCUAUCUGGUGGACAGACCGAGGCGUGUCAACAGUUCUGCAUUUCAAGAAGCAGACAUUGUCAGUUCUAAAGACAGUGGUCACGGCGACAGUGAACAGGGUGACAGUGACCAUGAUGCUACAAAUCGAGGGCACUCAGCUGGUGCUGACCUGUUCUCUAACUGCACAGAGGAGUGCAAGGCCCUAGGUCACUCUGACCGCUGCUGGAUGCCAUCCUUUGUGCCAUCAGAUGGCCGCCAAGGGCCGGACUACCGCAGCAAUCUGCACGUCCCCGGCAUGGAUGCCACGCUGCCUGACACUGAGGUACCCUGCUCCGUCAACCUCCCCGACCAACUCACCAUGACCUCCUCCACUGCCUCCUCCAAUGAUAGGUCAUUCUCCACCUUUGGCAAGGAUGGCCAAAGAUCACAGUCACACCACAGCCUUCAAAAUCACCUCCAUCAGCAACAGCAGCAGUACAGCUCCAGCACGCUAGAGAGGAAAGAGUAUGAUAGGGGGACCCUACCGUACAAACCAACCUUUCUCUCCCGCAAAAGGAUUUGCUAGCUCAUUCCACGUAGACAUAUCGGAGACAGCGUGAAUUUGUGUACUACAACAUCAGCACUGAUACUAAAGACGGUGAAACAGAACUAAAACAAAUGGCAGCCUGGAUGACAGAAACCUUGGCUAAACUUCAUUUUCUCGAGUGGCGAACUGUAACAGAACCUUGGCGGUGGCUGCUGAGGGAGAAAAAAGGAGAAAUAAUUACUGAGUAGCAGUAAACCUCUUGAUACCCAAGGAGCAAUUCAAGGCCUUAUUUCUCUCAGCAGGACUGAGAACGGCAUGAAACUCUUGACCAAAUGAAGAUUAUAAUGGCAUAAGAUUACUGAGGGGAUGAAUUGAAAUAAUAAAGUAAGACAGAGGGGUACUAAUUAAAUUAAAGAGGUGUUACCCCCCGCCCCCCACCCCUUGCCUAAAAGAGGGUUAGCCUCUAGAAAUAUGUGUGUGCCUGUUUACAUAAAAAAAGAAAAAAUGUUUCUGUACAAACUUCAACCAAUGUCACACUGAACCCUUUAGCUAUUUCUAUGAUCACCACUAAGCCAGCUGUACAGAGUGUUUUGGGAGGGAAAGGAGACUGACAAUGAGACAAUGAGAAAGCAGAUGACGCAGGAAAAAGAGUAUACGAGUUGUACAUGUACAGGAUUAAAAAAAAAAAGCAAACAAGUGCAGUACUAUAGAUUCUAUAUCCAGUUUUUUGACUUGACUGUCUUUAUAUACCUUCUCUUUUUGUUUCUGUUUUUUCUGUGUGGUUCAAGUGUGGAGACUAGAAUAUUCCAACUCAGCUUCAGACAAGCACUUGUGGUUCAGCGUUGGGUUGAGCCCUCUUUCAGACUUAGCUAGCCUCUUCAGGAAGGAGAUUUGGACAAAUCACUGUGUUAAUGUAGAGUAUCAUUUUUGGGAUCAGAAAUACAAUACAAGAAAAAUGAAUGUUUCAUGUUUGUUCAUAUUUUUAAAAGGCUUCUUAUUGUUUUUUAAGGUCCUUCCUGAGCUAUCGGCAGAGAAAGCGUAAUGACCUAUUAGAGAAAUGUGGUUCUCUUGAUGCCAUUGGCCUCUACAUAACUAAUCAGACACACUCAGUGGUUUUUAUCAUGUGUGCAAAGUGUUUACUGUACUAUUUUAAAAUCUUAUAAAUGAAUAUAAAUCUAUAUAUAUAUAACACUAUAUAUAUAUAUAUAUACACAAUAUACUUUUGCUGAAAACUGUGUAACCAUUAAUUAGUUUUUACACUCCAUUAAGUCUCUCAUUCUUUUAAUACAAAGUGCUAAAAAUUUAAGAUGAGUAUUGUUUUAUUUAAAUAAGCAGUGCUUAGCCUGAAAUGCUACAUUUUAUGACAACCACCAACUAAGUUAAUGUUCUUAUUUUACUGUUAUUUUUCACUGUUUACAUAUUUCAGGCCUUGUUGUGUGCUGCCAAGACACAAUUUAAGUUGUUUUGGGCUGUAAUGUAUUUUCAAGCAGAUAAUGUACAGGAUGGAAAACUGUCACAAUCCAGCAAGACUUCUUAAGUUUUACGUUAUUAGACAUUUUCAUCUCACAGAAGGAGGUUAUACAUUUUGAUGAACUUUGCUCAUACAUCAUAUACACACAUAUAAACACAACCACAGACACACAGAUAAAAUGGUGAUAAUAAACUGUGUCAUUUAAGUUUUCUUAAGUGUAUUUUGUUGUGGGUAUCUUCAAAAUUGUGUGUGUAUUUGCAAAUUCUUUUUGCAAUUCACUGGCCUCAGAAAUGUUUUUA